AAUGAUUCAUAAACGUGCAUAAAGCGCAAUCUGAGCAGAUAUUUGAAUUUGUAUCAACUUAGGUUAUGAAUUUCUCUUGGUUUCUUGUUGCGUAUUUAUUUUAAACGUAAUAUGUAACAUAAAGUACGUACUUAGAGUAUUUGAAAUGUAUUGACAGAAUUAUUACGAGUGGUAGCGUUUUGUAAUAUAUUGAUUUAUGCCUCUCUUUCUAUGCAAUGAUGAUGCUCUGGCUAAGAGGAUGCAGUCACAGCUCGAAGCUGCACUCUUAGGUCAUGGUAGUGGUGGUACUAACCCGACCGGUGAGGAUGACGAUAAAGAGGAGCACGAGGACGAGCACGACGAUGUCGAAGACGACAUUGACGAGGAUUGUGAUGUGGAGAGUGGCCAUCGAGCGGGUAGAGCGAGUUGUAGUAAUGUAUCGACAAGCAGAACGGUCACGCUGCAGAUGCUGCUUGCUGCGGACGUGCUGCAGCCGGCCGUCGGCAGCAUGUCUAUCGAGUACAUGGGUCAGCGGUUUAUCGGGGAUCUACUAGAAGACGGCAAGAUCCGCAGUCAGGAAACGGAUUUGGUUUUUGCAUCACCGAGCGCAUGGGCCAUUGCAUGCAAACGAUUUAUUAAUCCCGAUAAGAAGAGUGGCUGCGGUUGGUCAUCUGUGAAAUACAAAGGGCGGAAAUUAGACGUUUAUAAGAAUAUAUUUUAUAAGAAAUUAAAAACCGAGAUGAGUCGACGCGAUGAGUCGGAGGAUGAACAGUUGCCGCAAUUGCAGGCGGAGCUGCAUCCACCCGUACAACCACAAUAUAUUCAGCGGGUUGUUGUAAAACACAAUGCGAUUGCAAAUCGCACUUUUAUGCAUGAUGCGAAUACAUUAAUAGAAUGUAUUCCAUUUUCGAAUUUGGGUAAAAUUCAGCCAUUUUUAUUGUCAAUUUCAACCAAUGCGGCGCUCCUGAUGGAUUUUCACUCACAUCUGACUGGUAACGAAGUGUGUGGGUACUUGGGUGGGCAUUGGGACGUCAAUUCACACAAUUUACAAGUAACACAUGCAUUUCCAUGUCGGAAUACAAAAUCCGACCGGGAAAAUGCGGUUUCCGUUGAGAUGGAAAUACAAAAAACGAUUGAAAAACAAAGGCUGACAUUGGUUGGGUGGUAUCACUCCCAUCCAUUUACUCCAGCCACUCCUACUCUGCGGGAUAUCGACGCCCAAUUAGAUUAUCAAAUCAAAAUGAAAGGUUUAACUGAUAAUAAUUACACACCGUGUAUUGGUAUAAUUAUUUCACCUUAUAAUUAUGAUAAUGGUUCAUUGGAAUCAAGUAUAAUUGCAUAUUGGGUGAUUCCACCUCCAGAGAAUAAGCCUAACGAAUAUGGCCGCCCAAUGCAAAUGUCAUAUUCGGUAACACAAGACGCAUCUCUUCCUGCGCCUGUUAAGGAUGAGUUAGCCAAGUGUGCUGCAUAUUACAGGAAGCAUAAGGAGCUUAUUAUCUUUACAGAAAAGUAUCUUAACAAUACAACGUUCAUUGAAAAGUUAAAAAACACUUUGUUAUCGAAACUGCCGAAAGAUGAAAAUGAGGCCCUCUGGGCGUACGUUCGAGAACUUCUUGAUUGUCCACAAGAGGCGGAUCCUGUGUUAACUAUACCACAGGUUCCACAAGUUACAAAGAGUACAUGUUUGCCUCCAUUAAAUGCACCUGUGCUUAACAGCGGCCUGAAUAGUAAUUUGAUGUUGACUUCCGACAUUGCAAACGUACUUUUCAACUCUGGAAAGUUUCCGAGCGCAUCAAGCAUUCUCGGCUUGCCUGACCCAAUGGCGCAUAGCACACUUGCUGCAAAUAACAUGUUUCUGCAGACGAAUAUGUUUAAGAUGCAGGAUAUCCUUAAGCCGAUGUCCACCAGCAGCCCAAAGGGGAAAGAAACAAAAAGUACAACCCCACUCAAGAUACCCACGGAUUUGAAGAGUUUUACAGCGGAGUUUUAUAAGAAUCUGCAGUUGGAGACAGAUACGAAUAGCAAGAACAAUGCGGCGAAUGUUUCCGAUGUUGCGGAUUUGAGUAUUAUCAGCAGUAUUAAUAACAGUGACAAAUCGGAGACGACUGUUAGUUUGGAUCUUAGCAAAGCUCGUGGUGGCGAUUGUAGCUUGGAUCUCACUGUUUCGCCGAAUAAAACUGAAAAAAGUAAUGUGAAUGAGACUGGAAGUUUGGAUACUCUAGAUUUGAGUAAGUCUAAUCGACAGCAGUCUACCAAUGGCAAUGAAGACGAGCCUAUGAAUCUUACGGCAACUAAUUGACUGGCAAUGAUGAUUAUUAUAUUUGUAUAUGUAUUGGGAUACUGGCGCGUGGAAAAUGUAUUAUGCAAAUCUCUUCAGAAAGAAAAACCGAAUUUCAUGAAAUUGCCUUAAUUUUAACUAUCUUAUCGAGUUUGUGAUUUUUUUUUUAUAUAAUGCAACUUCUUUUUAUAUCAUAUCGGUUUUUAUUUUGUAUUUCAACGGUUUUAUAGGUAAAUUAUUUAUUUUUUCAAUGUAUGAUGUAUAUCUAGAAUAUUUGUUUACAUAUGUAUACAACACAAUAUAAUCAAUACUAAUGGA